CGGCACGGCGGGUGCGAACGCGGAGCUGUGAGGCGCAGGCAGGGCUCUAGGGCACCUAGAGACCAGGGCCGGGGACGUGGCAGCCGCCCUGCCCGCUAGAAAGUUUCCUAGAAGUUUGCUGGGCGCGGGCGCACGACCGACGGGCCGGACCAUGAACGUGUUCCGAAUCCUCGGCGACCUGAGCCACCUCCUGGCCAUGAUCUUGCUGCUGGGGAAGAUCUGGAGGUCCAAGUGCUGCACGGGCAUCUCUGGGAAGAGCCAGAUCCUUUUUGCUCUCGUCUUCACCACCAGAUACCUGGACCUGUUCACCAACUUCAUCUCCAUCUACAACACAGUAAUGAAGGUGGUUUUUCUCCUCUGCGCCUAUGUUACAGUGUACAUGAUAUACGGGAAAUUUCGUAAAACUUUUGACAGUGAGAAUGACACAUUCCGCCUGGAGUUUCUUCUGGUCCCAGUCAUUGGCCUUUCCUUCCUUGAAAACUACAGUUUCACUCCGCUGGAGAUCCUCUGGACUUUCUCUAUCUACCUGGAGUCAGUGGCUAUUCUGCCCCAGCUCUUCAUGAUCAGCAAGACUGGAGAGGCUGAGACCAUUACUACUCACUACCUGUUCUUUCUGGGUCUGUACCGGGCACUCUACCUGGCUAACUGGAUCAGGCGGUACCAGACUGAGAAUUUCUAUGACCAAAUCGCAGUGGUGUCUGGAGUAGUACAAACCAUCUUCUACUGUGACUUCUUCUACUUGUAUGUGACCAAAGUCCUUAAGGGAAAGAAGUUAAGUCUUCCAAUGCCAAUCUGAGGACGCUCUGAGAUAGUCUACACCUUAACAAGCACAUGAAGGAAACUAUUUUGAAUGUUCUUUGGCAACUUAUCCAUAAUUUGGGAUCAAAUGUUAAAACCAGAAAAAUGCUUAGUGUGGAUUUCAGCAAAACUUGAUCAUCCCACCCAGAAGACCUUCUCAUCAAUAGACUGCCCUUAAAGACUCAUUGUAAGGUCAUAAAAACCUGGGCCAACUGCACAAAUACGGUGCCUCAAAAUGACUGCAACAAGAAACCUUAAGGUGCCUUACCGACGAAAAAGACCAAAUAAAUGAUUGCUCUCCAAGGCCCGAGGGCAAGACUCAUGAUGAGGAAGUCAACCCCAAUCUGGAACAAUGUCCCUCCUCUUAAGAAUGUCCCAACUAAAGACCAGUUAAAAUAUUAGAGUACGCUCUCGUGAAUUUCCACUUUCCAGGUAGGUGACCAAAUUUAGGUGGUCAAGAUAUAAAAGUGACAGCUAGUUUUAAGUGUGAAACGUAUUUCACUUUCAUACUGCCUUCAGGACAGAAGCAAACCAAAUUUACCAGGUUUGGCUGGAAGAGUUUUGUGCCUCAUCUUUUACCGGUUUGAAUUUUUUCAAACCAGUGACUGAUACCUGCCUUGCACUUAGUACCUUAAUACCAAUAACCUAAUGGUACUUAGGUGAGUACCAUUUGCGCAAUCACUGUUUUACUUAUGAGCAGAUACAGAUACAUCCAAACCCUUACCUACUAGGUAUCCUGCUAGGGUUUUCGAUUCCAACUCUUACAUUAAGUUUAAUCAAUUCUACUUUCCUUUCAGUUUUAGGUGCCAAUCAGUCAAUCCAAUAUUCCCCACCUUUGUCUUGAAACAAAUAAAAACUGUUUUAAGAUGUCUACAUUGAACUAUUCAGAGAAUUUUUAAGCAAUAAAACCUUACACCUUAUUGUCAA